AUGGCAGAGACGGCGGAUCAGAACGUAGCCCAAAGGCUUGCGUCUGCAGAGAAGAAGGUGGACGAUCUGACAGAGAUAGUGAAACACGCGUCGUCGGAGAAGGAUAAAGCACUCAUGCACGAGGUCUUGACCUUCUUGAGGGAGCACCAUGCACAUUUGAUAGAAGCCAAUGCAAGGAUUGUGGCAGCAGAGGCACGGGCCUCUGAACUGGAAGCGCGGAAUAAGGGACUAGAAGAAGCCUUAGAGAAGCGCGACUACCAGAUCGAGCACCUGUCCCGAAAUAUGGCUAGUGUUCUAGACAAAAAGGUUUACAGAUGUUAA